AUUUUUCUUUUGUUAGUAAUGGUUUCACGAUUUUAGUCGGCAAACAAAAAAAAAAUGCUUUCACGAUAUGAAUUAGUGUGUUCAAAAUCAUCACAUUCACACGAGAUACAGUGAGGGCAGUUUGGUCAUAUAGACAUCCGUUUCUUCUCCCCGCGUAGAUUUACUAAAAAUUCCAUAUCUCCCUUCCCCACUGAAUCUGAAAGCAGCUCCUCGCAGAGAUGGAAAGAACGCUGCUUGUGACCUUCUCUUUGAUACUCUUUGCUUCUGUGGCGGCAGAUGACUAUGUCCGACCAAAGCCUCGUCAAGCCUUGCAGUUUCCAUGGAAACAAAAAUCCACUUCUCAACCCGAGCAGGUGCAUAUCUCAUUGGCCGGAGACAAACACAUGCGAGUGAGUUGGGUCACCAACGACAAAUCUUCCCCUUCCUUUGUUGAAUACGGAACAUCGCCAGGGAAAUACUCUUUUCUCGGUCAAGGAGAGAGCACCUCUUACAGCUACAUAUUCUACAGAUCAGGGAAGAUACACCAUGCCGUCAUCGGCCCAUUGGAACCGGACACCGUUUACUAUUACCGUUGCGGUGGAGGAGGACCUGAGUUUCAUCUCAAAACACCACCAUCUCGGUUCCCGAUCACUUUCGCAGUGGCUGGUGAUCUUGGUCAAACCGGUUGGACCAAGUCGACGCUAGAUCAUAUCGACCAAUGCAAAUACGAAGUGCAUCUGCUUCCCGGUGAUCUUUCUUAUGCCGACUAUAUGCAGCACAAGUGGGACACGUUUGGAGAGCUGGUUCAGCCUCUGGCGAGUGUGAGGCCCUGGAUGGUGACUCAGGGGAACCAUGAGAAAGAGAAUAUUCCCUUUGUGGUGGAUGAGUUUGUGUCGUAUAACUCGAGGUGGAAGAUGCCGUAUGCGGAGAGUGGAUCAAAUUCGAAUCUUUAUUACUCUUUUGAGGUUGCUGGUGUACACGUGAUCAUGCUUGGCUCAUACACUGAUUGUGAUCGGUACUCAGAUCAGUACAAUUGGUUAAAGGGUGAUCUCGCAAAGGUGGACCGAGAAAGGACUCCGUGGCUAAUAGCCUUGUUCCAUGUGCCGUGGUAUAACAGUAACGAUGCCCAUCAAAAUGAAGGCGAUGGGAUGAUGGCUGAAAUGGAGCCUUUGCUUUAUGCGAGCGGGGUUGAUAUUGUAUUCACUGGUCAUGUUCAUGCUUAUGAACGCACGAAACGUGUCAACAAUGGUAAAUCAGAUCCAUGUGGUCCUGUGCAUAUAACUAUAGGAGAUGGAGGAAACAGAGAAGGACUAGCUCGCAAGUAUAAAGAUCCGUCACCAGAGUGGUCAGUCUUCAGGGAAGCAAGCUUUGGACAUGGCGAACUUCAGAUGGUGAAUUCAACCCAUGCGCAUUGGACCUGGCAUAGGAACGAUGAUGAUGAGCCAACAAAAUCUGAUGAGGUUUGGUUAACAUCCCUUGUGAACUCAGGAUGUUGGACGGAGAAGAAAUGGAAUGAAAACCUCAGGAAAAUACUCAUGGAACCUUGAUGGAUAUCCCAUUAAGUGAGCGUUGGUUGCAGUAAAAAAUAGUCCGAAGUAUAUAUAUAAAAACCUACAAGGUGGUUGUGUUAGCAAUAGGUGUGUUAGACUAUUAUUGGCCACACCAUAGUAGAAAACUUUCACAAGCUGCAUAUAAUUCGUGGUUCCAACUUUGAAAUUUUGUAAGCUUGCACUUUGUUGUGAUGUGUAUGUGUUGUAUUGUUCUCUGAUUAAUUGCAUGCUAUUUUUAUCUUUA